AUGGAUGUCAAUCAAUUAAAUAGUAAAUUAACAACCACAACUACAACCACAAAUAAUAAUAAUAAUAAUAAUUUUAAAACCAAUAAUAGUAAUAAUAAUAACUUGGGACAAUCAACAGAUUCUUUGGAUUCAAUUUUAUCUAGUCCGGGAGGAAGCUCAAGCACUCAACAGUCCACUUCUCCAGAUUUACUGGAGAAAGAUCAAACCAAUGUCUUUGUGAAAUAUCUUCCCAAUGAAUAUGGAGACUAUGAACUUUUUACUUUAUUUUCCCCUUUUGGCAAAGUAAUGAGCGCCAAAGUAAUGGUGGAUGCCAAGGGAAAUUCCUAUGGAUAUGGAUUUGUCCGAUUCAGUUCACCCUCAGAAUCGAAAAAAGCCAUCGACAAUAUGGAUGGCUUCCAAUUGAUGCACAAGAAGCUUCUUUGUCGCCUUUCCAAUCUAUAUUCCAACUGUAAUAAUAAGUACCCUUCAAAUAAUUUAUUUUUAAAACCACUUCCAGCUACACUUUCUGAUGAUCAAUUAAAAGAAUUAUUUUCACCAUUCGGUGAAAUAUUGGAAUGUAAAGUAAUGAUUGACCAAAAUGGAAAUAGUAAGUUGGCCGGAUUUGUAAGAUUUUGUAAUGAAGCCGAUGCAACCAAAGCAAUGCAGGCAAUGAACGGUACUAAAAUGAAGGAUUCCCCAGCACCUUUAGUUGUAAAAUAUGCCGACAAUGAACAUCAAAAAUCAUUAAGAAAACAAAGAAAAUACUCUCAUUUUAUAAAUCCACAUCCAGUAAAUCCAUAUUAUAAUUAUGUAGACCAUUAUUUAUAUUUCCAAGUUCCCCAGUACUAUAGUUUUCAAGAUCCGAAUGCACCUCCGAUACCAAUUUAUCCUGGCCAACCAAAUAUUUAUAAUACAUAUUAUGGUACAAUUCCUCAAUACUAUCAUGCUCCAUCAUCUCCAGAGUCUCAUUUAAUAGGAUCACCGACUUCUACAACAUCAACAGCUCCAAUGAACCAAGGACACCACCCAGCACCACUCCCCAAUCCCUCAUCGCCUUUAUUUAUUAACCAACCGUCUUCUCCUCGCUCUCCACCCACCGUUGGAUUGAAUACCAGUAUGAAUCAAUACACUAUUCCAGCACCGAAUUCUCCAACAUCCAACUCUAAAAAGUCCAAACAACCACAUCAUCACCAGCAACAGCAACAACAACAACAUCAUCACAAUAAAGAAAGUAGUAUAGCAGCAUCUGCCUCGAAUGCCUCACCACCAUACUCUCCUCCGAUAACAUCGACAUCAUCAUCAUCCAGUUCGACUUUAAACACCCCAAUCUCUAAUACUCCUAAGCGUAAUACAACAUCACCAACUCACCAUAAUCAAACACCUCAUAAUACACAUAAUCAAUCAAGUUCAUCAUCAACCUCAUAUAAGAACUUAAAUACAUCCAAUACUAAUGUAUCUCCUCCACCUUUGAUAAAUAACUCAAACUCAACUUCAACCACCACAACUCAGUCAAAUGUUAAUAACAAUAGUAAUGAUACAAAUCUAUUUGUAUUUCACCUUCCAGGAUUUGUAGACGAUAGCUAUUUAUAUAAAUUGUUCUCAAGAUUCGGUCCACUUCAGAGUGUGCGUGUAAUUACUGAUAAGGACACUGGCGAGAACAAAGGAUACGGUUUUGUAAAAUUUCAAAACAAAGAUGAUGCCAUCACCUCAUUAAAUGAAAUGAACGGAUUACAAGUUGGUCAAAAGUAUCUAAAAGUAAAACUAAAGGAUAAGUCAACACCACCGAUGCCUCUAUUAUCAACACCAUCCACAACAACAACAACGACGACAACUACAACGACCAACACAAGGCAACAACAUCAUAAUAAUAAUCAUAAUCAUAAUCAUAACCAUCAACAACAUAAUGUAACAUCUAAUGAAAAACGACAACUACAUCAUCACUAA